CGGCCGUAUGCAGCAUGGAGACGCACGAGUAACAAUGAAGGGAAAUAAGUACCAUCGACUUCGUUCCCUCAUAGCGACGGAAGACAUCACGUAACGCUCGUGUCGACGUCCACCUUCACUCACGGUUAGGCAGAGUCCUUGUCGGUGACAGGCCUUGCGAUUUUUUUUUACGUUGGAGCUUUCGCGUGUUCAUAUGCGUACAAACGGUCUUCUGGGCGAGUGUCUCGCCUUCUUGCGAUUUGCCAAACUUCCGUGGACGCGGGUACUUAGUCACAAAUAUUGAUCGCAUUAUCAAACGCGGCAUGUCUUGACGGUUUGAGUCAGCCGCUGGCACCGGCGCCGCGGGCCCCCCGCUUGUCACUCUAGAUUUGUCCUUUCGUGAGGCAACCGGAUCCUUCUGCUUUUCCAGUAUCCCGUGUUUGCUGCCUUUUUUGCAUCAACAACGAACGUCGCCACAGCACGCGGAGCUUAGUUCCUCGCCAUAUAAAGACUUGGCCAGUCUUUGGCACAGCUACGCGGAGGCAGGCGCCACAUUUUUUUUUCGUUCAAAGGGUAGGAUGUGUGUAGACAACUUCGGACUACAGUAGUUGUGUCCCAUCGACUUAUGCUUCCUUAAGACGGGUUUCCCCUGAAUUCUGCAGACUGAUAAUGUCAGAAGUGCCUUUCAGGUGUGGCAAAGUGGCAUUUUUGUCGGCGGUGGCUUCUGUGGCACCUAUCAUGCUAUGAAGGUACCAGAGCAGUUCGAAACUAAUGCUCGUGUCACCCGAAGUUGGCGUGUGGACUCCAAGGGCUUCUCCGUGGCAAUGAGUCUCAGCGUCAGCAGCUCAGCUAUUCUAUGCCGGCAGCAGGGAAGAGGCUGAGGGUAUCGAUGUCCCCAGCGAAGAGUGAGGAGACUGCGGAAACGAAAGAGGACCCGCGAAUACGAAGGGUUUAUUCCCCAUCUUCUUUUCGAAGAAAUGCCUGCAUCCGCAGCUCCUUCACUAACCGGAUGCGAUGAUGACUUGCCACCGGAGAUGCUUGAAAACGGCGACGGUGCCCGUCAGUCCUUGCCAAUACCUAACACGAAGAAGUUUGUGUGUGACCAAGUAAUGGAAGUAACACGAGGGAACCAAGACGUAGGGGGAACGAACCGCCCUGAGGAGGCAAUCUGCACCAUCAUGCCGACGGGGACUUCAAAGACUCGACCCGGCAAAAGUGCGACAGAGGAAACGUGGCCUGGAGUGACCGGCGCAGACACGAGCAGCAAGGACACCGCGAAGGAAGCCGGAGUCUUCGGAAGACGGGAGGGUAGCCACUGUUUUUGCGCCUCGUCCAUGCCGAAAAGAAUCUCUCAAACACGUUCACCGCUCUCCCUUUGCCCCUCUGGUUCUUCUCAUUCUUCUCCGGGGGCCAUGCCGCAGCGGUCACCGCGGCCCCUUGACGCGUUUCCUUUCGGCGACGUGGUACAUGAGGAGCGUGCGGCCGGUUGCACAUCUCCGAUGAUUCCGGCUCCCGCUAUGUGUCCUUCGCCUUCGUUCCUCUCUUCGCCUUCUUCCUCUUCGUCUCAUUCUUCUGCCAAAGACGGCUCUGAAUCACAAUCUGGCGCGCGUAGGAACGCGGACCCAACAGACCCUCAUCUCCUCGCUUGCUCGACUGGAGAGGAACAAUGCGGGAGGACCUUUCUCUCAGCUAUCGGCGGUUUUUCUCUCGCUUCGCCUCUGUUCACAGCAGAAGACCCCACUGUUCCCUUUGCGACAAAUGCGGAGCUGUGGCUGCCUGCAUUGCAGGAACCUUUCGGUGUACAAACUCCCAGUGUACAGACUGCAGCCUCCAUUCCAUCCUGGCAAGAGAACGGAGAACGAGACGCGGAGAAACCAGCAGUUCUUCAUACGAGAUGUUUCCGCGGAUACGAAGAAGAGCGUCUUUGUGAAGUUGGAAUUCAGGCGAGUGUGCCUGAUCGAGCGUCUGCUCUCUUCAGCCUUCAGACGAAGGGGCUGGGGUGUGUGCAGGCAUUCGAGGAAGACGACAAGGCUGCGAGGCCGAAUCUGGAAAUCCGCCUGCCGCCAAGUGACUGCCGAGACGAGUGUUUGUGGGAAGGCCUUUUUGGUGGAGGGGCUCGCGAGGCUUCUGUCUGGCUCGUUAAGCACCUGCUGUGGGCCGAAAGAGCCGAGCAGUUGAAAGCUGAACUCAGUGGCACAUUUCGCUGCCCUUCGUCUCAAAGUCAACUUGGGGAAGGUUUAUCUCAUCGUCGCGUGUUUUUUUCUUGUUUUCCGCUGUGGAAGAACAUCGCAACGAGGCGACAGAAGAGUGACGACCGGGAGGAAUGUCUCUUCUCCCCAAUUUUGUCGGUUCUGUUUGCCGUAAAUACACGAACCUUUACUUCUUUGCUGACGCUCCCCUGUCUAGCAGCUUGGGAAGAGAAGAUCUUCUUCUCCGCCUUCACCUCCGCCGACUCACAUUCGAAGGUAUCCGCCUGGUCCUCUUUUUUCUACGGAGAGGAGGACGGAAGGGUACAGAAGAGUCAAUCGCCCUGCCGUUCAUGCCAUUCCCAUUCGCCUGCACCUUUCCUACCAAGUGGUGCUAUACGGCACCCUGUGGCAGCGAGUUUACGCUACUUUUCUCAGACAUUGCUUGCCCGAUGUGAACUCCUCUCGAAAUGGUGUAAAUAUAACCUGGCCGGAUUCCAAGGGAUGCAUGGGUUACGUCAAAAACGUCACAGUUUCGUCGAUCUUUUUCGUGUCUACCGCGAGGUGUUCUGUCGCCUUCUUCUUCUUCAUUCAACCGCUGUAGCCGUGGCUUGGGGAAGGCACAUUCACUUCGACUGGAAAGCCGACAGCAACGCCCCCACUCCGCGGCACAAAGAGCUGCCGCGUCUUGCUUUACUGUGCCUGGAACUCUGUCGCCAGCAAGGUGAAAUCCGAAAUCUUCAAGGAUCGAUAUCGCAUAAAUUACGCCAGCAGCACGAAGCAGUGACUCGUUCAAGGCUUCUGGACGUCCUCUGUGCCGCCGCAGCUGGCGACGAGAGGACGACACCGAAUGGCCGUGAGGUCUUCCCGUUUUUCUGUGUUUCACGUGGACCCCCGGAGGAUGAUCAAAACGGUCGUAGGGAAAAAGAAGUGAUGAACGAGGCAGAGUUUAUCAACUCAUCAGACAAGGAUGACUCUGAAUUGCAAGCUGCGUUCGGGUGGCUUGCAGCGCAGGUCUUCAUGUGUGACUCCCAGGUGUAUCUACAUCUCCCGGCGGAUCAUCCGGUGUCACGUGGCUUGGUGCCCGCCAUGCAGGAGGUUCCUUGUACCACGGAGCGUAUGCAAGAGGUUUGCUUUCUUGAUGAGACAUGCUCUGCCGCAAAUGUCCUUGACCGGGGUGUGCGUCGCACCGAUCAAGACGGAGUCGCAGCCACUACACGCCGGUUGACUCCGCUCUGCGGUUCAUGGACGCGCCCAAGGGAUAUUCAAAGUGAGCGGGAAGUGACUGGAAGCGAAAUCGAAAGCAACCAUGUCAACGACUCGACUGCAGACGCCUGCCGCAAUUUUCAGCUUUGCCAUAGUCGUGAGCUGCAACUCUCAUGCAGUUUCUGUCCCGCUUCUCGUGGGGGGAACCUAAACCCAGGGGACAAAGAGAACAUAGUACACCCCGUUUUGCCGUGGAUUGCUACCGGGUGCAUAUUGGACUUGGUCGGGCAGAGCCGGUCCUCUGUGGGAGUCAUUCGGGCCGCAAUUCUUCUCCCACGAACCACAUUUCGGCACUUUUUCUGCUAUCGUGCUGCUGUUCCGACCGACGGCGACGCAUCAGAAAAAAGCCCCCGGGAAACAGGCGUGCCUUGCACGCUACGAGAGGCACUGCGUAUGCGGGAUGACAACGGCGACGAUUCUUGUGGACGACGCAGAGAUCUGCAACCGGCCUCUGUGUUUGUCUGCGCCUUCCUCGAGAACGGACGCGUAACUCUAAAUGGACGACUGGUUUCGUUUCCGACCACCUCAUCGCAGUGCCCGUUAUAUCCGCAAAUUGUGGACGUGCUCGUAUUUUCGUGGUUUGGCACGGGCCGACGUCCCGCCCCUCCUUCCUUAGAAGGAACACGUUGCUCGUCACCGCCUGUCUCCCGUUCUGCCUCGCCUCCGUGUUCCCCUUCCUGCCCCGUCUCCUGCAACGUCACUGCGCCACAGCAGCGCUUCACACUGCUGUUUCUCGCAGCAGAUGGACGACUCUUUGCGAGUGGGGAUAUCCCACCAUUCCUUGUUAGGACAUCUCCGCUCUCUGUGACACUCACGAAGGGAAGGCUGGGUAGUUUCUUCCAUGCACAUCCCAUUGACGCCGUGUGCACGCACACUGGGCGUCACCUACUCUUUUCGGCAUUCUUGGCAGCGAAUGCUGAAGGCGCUGCCUUGACGUCUGGACUCGUCUUGCCACGGUAUCGGCUGUUGCAGGGGUCUGCAUCAGGUGAUAUGCUUAUGUCUCAUAUUCCAGCCUGUUGCUCUUCAGCGGCGUGCUCACAUUUUCCUUCACCUUAUGGUGUAUCCUCUUCCUCUUCCCGCAUGCGGUGGAAGGCGCACGCAGAUGCCACAGCAGAGACUGUAGACAAUGACGCCAUGUCGUCAAGGCUACGAUGGAGACGAGACCUGGUCCACGAUUCGGUUCAGCCGUCCGUCGCUUUGUUCAGAGGCUCUUCCGCUACGAACACAUUCCAAAGUGAACGUGAACCCCUUACCGCUUGCACAGGGCGUGCAGGUACCGGGUGGGCCUCUGCGUCUUUUUGGCCAGGGGUGUCGGAUAGUGAGUCUUGCUCCUUUACAGACGACAGACAGCACCACUACUGUAGCGUCAAAGACAAAACGUUCCCUUGCGCACUGGCUAUUCUUCAGUCCCACACUGGUGACCCUGUUCUGCUCCAAAUGGCGUUUGAAAAUCCGAAAAUGCCCGGAACGCAUUUACAAAGCACUGGCGCGUGUCGUCCCGCCCUGAUCCAGGGAAUUGGAGGCGUCAGAGAGUACUCUCCUGUAGCUCUUGAGUUUGUCUCACUGGAGCUUGUGGGUAGAGGUCGCGACCAUCGGGAUCUUGUUGCAGCGACGAGUUUCAAAGAAGAGACGGUCGACAGAAAGGGGAACAAGGAGGAAGGAAGACACAAGAAUACUGAGGGCGGAGCCGAAGGCCAUGCUUCUCAGGGGACGCCGGCAUCAACUCGAGCGCAGGGAGGCGCCGUCCAGGACAGGCCAGCGGGAGGUCUGCCGUCUUCUUCGAUUCUGAAACAUCUUCUCGAAUCCGAACGAUGGGUUGCGUGCUGCCUAUAUCACAUUGUGCUCCUUGUGAAGACAGGCGUAGACACCCCUGAGGGCGGUAUCUUGCUGUCAACGCUGGAAAAGAAACAGCAUGACUGGCUUGCUUCCUUUUUUGUCGAAUAUCCCCUCAUCCGCGCCUCCAUCCGUUCCCUUCGCCUCGGCUUUGAACACUUGACCUCCUCGCAGAAUGACAGAAUCCGGCAAAAGCUCCUUACGUCAGUACCAAAAGCAGACGCGGUUCCUCAACGACUCAACUGCACUAGCACCGUCCACAGUUUUGAUGCAAAUCUGAGGGGGCGUUCAGGGCGGAGGGGAAGAAACUCGUUUUUGGUCAGUAAUGAAAAGACUGAAGGCGCAGAGGAGCAAGUUGAUCAUAAAACGCGGGAACAUGCAUACUCUGCAGCGGACGUAAACAAGUGUGAAAGAAAGAACGGUGGGCAUCCACCAGAGUCAACGAAGCCAGCGGUGGCAAAUCAGUUCGCAUCCAAUGGCGACAACAGCAGGGAUAGCCGAAGGAGAAACGUACAGAGAAUACGCGCAUUAGUAGACUGGGAAGAAGGUGACAGCCAGUUGCGACUCUUCAUUUUUCUCGUUGAUGGCACCUUCUUCUCUGUCAAUCUUCAUCAAAAACGUGUCGAACUAGUAUGGAACCCGAAACGGUGUACGCCUGUAGAGUAGGUUGGGAAUUUGACUUGCGAAACUCAGAGGGGCAGAGGUACACCUACUUGAUGAGCCAAAGGCGUGAUACCUCCCAUUUUCGGAGUCACGACACGCGGUCUGUGGAAAACACCGAAUGGUGUUGUCCUGACUCCACAGUAACAGAAUCAACAGGAAGCGUCACGGUGGAGUGUGCAGAGAUUCAAACGUUCCAGAACGAAUCGUGGAAUUAACGUGUCACGGAGAUUUCAAGUUUCGAAUUCAAGAUGCAUUGAGUAUGAUGUGGUCUGAAAUGACCUAAGGCAUGAAAUAAAGGGCUGCUAGUGAUUCAUUUUAGGGUGUCAGCCUCUUCUGUAAUGUUUACGGACCAUGCAGAGGCAAACGUUCAGCGUGUGUGAUUCUCACCUUGCGAACAAGGUAAUGGAACUUCCUUUCGUAUUUCUCUGUAUUUUCUUCGUGCCGUCUUACGUGUUUCGUUUUAGGAAUCGAAGUCCAGGUUGAAAAAUGGCACAGGUAACUGUCUUUUCUGGGUUCUUUUUUCGUAUUGCGUUGUCUAUUAUUGGCCUGUCCGCUUCACGAGUUUGAUCAUUGUCAUGUCCAUUGCAAACCAGCGGUUAUGUAGAACUAUCGGGCAACCGUAGCAUACCAAAUGCCGGUCCGGCAGCGUAAUGAAAGAUCCUAUAAUUCUUCUGUAUCGUAGUUUAUGUAAACCAGACUAUAGCACAGCAUUGCUGCUGAAAAAUCGAUUCUCGUUUUCUGCGUUUACCGGAGAGUUUUUGAAGCAACUCCAUACUGCGCAUGCGGGGAAGGGAGUGUUGUUUUUGCUUUUCUUGCACAAGAAACCCGAGAUUAAGAAUAUAGCAAUGGCAUAGUGACACACUGCAGUGGCAAUAAGGGUCGCCAGCGCCUUCAAAGCGAAACUGCUUUAGCAAUGCUCCUUUUGUUAAUCCCUUGAAAGCACAGUAGUGGCGUAGUGCCGGUUUAUUUUUGCAUACUCAUGUUGUCCAAUGCUGGGGAGCUGCUUAAAAUGGGGAAGUUUGUCGGCGUUGACUCAGAACGCCGAAACCACCCUCCCCCCUUGAACAAGACGGUUACAACGAUUAAUCUGCCGCCGGCAGCCUCGCCUCACGUUAGCAGCCGUCAGUCAAUGAGAACGGGCUCAGUCUUCCAAAAGGCAGGCGACAACUACGCCCCCACCAUAAUGCACGCAGGAUGGUAAUUGACUUUUUAUUCUGUGUGAUAGCUCCGUGUGGCAAGUAUAAAAAGCUUUCGCAUCCAGACGCAUGCCCUUUCUGCCGGGCGGGGAUCCCCACGGAGAGAGCUUCGGCAUGAAUCCAAGAAUCCAACGAAAGUGACCACUAUACGAAGGGCAGAAUCUGGCGUCGAUGCCUCAUUUUGGAAAAAUUCGCACAACAGUGAUGAUAUCAUUCUUAUGCUCGACUCCCUGCACAGAAAGACGCUCAUUAAACUAUCCGUAGAGAACGCCUGCAAGCGAUAGUUCAUUGACAGAAGCAUUGCGAAUGCCCCAAGGACACCAAGAGACCCUCUAUCACAUACGGUUUUUGCGACACAAAAAAGACGGAUUACAAGGAAUAAGGCCAGACGUUGACGACAAAUACGAACAAGAACGACAUCAUGGUUCCAAGUGUGGCUACUAGCAGAUCGCCUUGACCCGAGGACAGCAGAUACGACAUUCGGUGGCUUCUUUCACGGUAUUGAACUACAACGCCGCAAUCACCCAGAAUCGUUCCAGGAUCAGCAGGUAAACAAACCUUAAUGCAACAUCGUAACCACUUCUGCCCGAAGGAAGCACACGUGUCCAUCUUUACCGGCUCUGCGGCCGGAGGCCAACGUCGAACAGGAGCAUCGCUGACCCGACUGUAUCUCUUCAGUUGCCGACGGUCUCACGAAUUGUUACACGCGAAGAGGCGUCCUUUGAUCCAGGACCAACAAGCGGUUACACUGCAGCGAAAACCCGUUUAGACCUUUUAGCUGCACAUUGGAUGCUGAAAUGACUUGGAUUAUGACACCUGCUUUUAUUGCUCAGAGACAGAUGGCUCCAAGAAAUCGGACGUCUUUUAGUCUUCCCCCUAUCGUUAUGCGACCCGUGCCACCGCGGUACACAGUUGAUGACGUUAUGCGACCACAAUGACCUCCAUACGCCAUUCUAUCAAAGUCUAUCACAAGGGUUGGACCAGAGGGGUAUGACGGGGGACUGCAGAAAUUGUUUUGCCGCAGAGAGGCUCACUCCACAGGCUUCGCGAGGCAUGAGUCAUCACGAAUGAUCAAGAUGGAAUCAUAAGUGGUGUGACAGUUCCCUGUCUGAAACUCAUUCAAGUCGAUUGUCGUAACUUAACCAGCGUGUCAACUACUGCA